UUUUUCAACAAUCAUUGUACAUUUUCACAUAUCGUACUAAAGUGAAGAGUGACAUAUGCUUCCAUAUUGCUUCCAGUUUUCUUGAUUUUCGUAAAAUCAUACAUUUUGUUUCAUUUCCUUCAAUUUCGUAGUGGAAUUGAAUUCAUACAAUUAUUAAAAAAUUAAUUAAUUAAAAAAAAAAACAGAACAUUCAAUCAAUCUGCUUCUGGAGUGUGAGUACUGCCACAAGAUCUAUUCCAUCGAGUUCAUCCACAAAAGGAUAGCGCCACCUACCAUAAGAAUUGAGGAAAAGCUGAUUGUAUGAGAAAAAAGAAGAUUUGCACUUCAAUUCUAUACAAUAAUUUUUGAAACCAUAAACUCAAAUUUUUACCAUGGUCCAUUUAUUCCAUAGACCUAAUAUAUAUAAUAUAAUAUAAUAUGGAUAUUAGGUCUAUGAUUUAUUCAAAUCCCAGUAUAAUAUUAUAGAAAGGAACUAACGUUAUAAAUAAAUUAAAUUAAACUUAAUAUGUUCUUCUUAGCUGAAUUGGAAAAUACAGUGCGUAUUCCUCCUGAACUAUUCCAUCUGGAUUUACGGGAGGCUGUUGAAGAAGAAUUAAAUAAAGUAUUAGCUAAUAAAGUUCUCAUAACCGCUGGUCUCGGAAUUGCUCUCCAUGAUAUUACAGACAUUGGAGAAAGCUUCAUUAAACCAGGGGAAGGAUCGACUUACACAAAAGUUAAAUUUCGAUAUAUUAUGUUCAGGCCUUCAGUGGAAGAAAUAAUAACAGGAAAAAUAAAGAGUGUUAGUCGUGAGGGAAUCCAUGUAACGCUUGGUUUUUUUGAUGAAAUAUUCAUACCACCGAAAUAUAUACCCCAUCCAUCAAGAUAUUCUGAGGAUGAUCAAGCAUGGAUUUGGGAAUAUGUAACUGGUGAUGGAAAAAAGCAUGAUCUUUACAUAGAAUCAGAUGAUGACAUAAGAUUCAGGGUUAUAAAAGAAAAAUUCUUAGAUAUGACUCCUGGGCUCAAUGGAGAAGUUCCUGAAAUUAGUGAUACAGAAAACCUCAAAGCCUCCUAUUCAAUAAAGGCAAGUAUAAAUGAACAAGCUUUGGGUUUAUUAGACUGGUGGUCUGAUUAGUACUAAAAUAUGGCAGUGGAUAAAUUUGAAUUAUUUUUUUAUAAACUUAUAUGUUAUUGUAUAUAUAUUGAAUAAAAUAAGAGUAAAAUUAGAA